GUAAGACUGGCUUUGCCGACACACGCGUCGGUGAUGAAGUUACCGGUGGCUCCAAUGUCGAGGAGGGCCCGAAACUUAGUUGUAGACGCACCAAGGGUGGCGACAAUGAAUUUGAGGUGGAAACGAGAUGAGUUGGCGGUGGAGAUGAUGGUGUUGAGGUGGUGUUGUUCAUUGCCUAAGCGGACAAGCCGAUUGUGUCGAGCUUGUUCCUCAACAACAUCGGAGAAGGUGAUAGUGGAUGGGUUUGGAAGAAGGGUAAAGGAGCAUGAGGCAGUGGGGUUUGCGACGCUUGGGAGCCGUCCGGUGGAGGGGGCAUCACCGGAGAGGGAGGAGGCAAACGAAUUGUCGAUGCCAGAUGAGCCAUCGGUGGGACGGAGGACGUCACCAAUGGGUGGGCCGACAGACGCGGUGUCGAUGCCGGGGCAAUGUCCUAGGGACUGUGUUCAUGAUGAGGAGGGACCCACGCUUGCCGAGGGCAGUGAUGCGGAGGUUGCUGGUCGAGUGGAGGCUGACUGGUGGGUAAAUUGUGCGGCGUUGGGGCAGUUGGUUUGUUGGUGCCCCAAUUGGCGACAACGGAAGCAACCCCCGUUUACUUGGAGGUGUGGUGAGCUCGUCCGAGGAAGUGAUGGAGGUGGUGUCUUCAGGGGUGAUGUGAUGGAAAAAGCGGGUGCGGGAGGGGGCAGGCACGGACUGGUGAUGGGGGUGGAGGAGUCGAAUGUGGUGAAGCAUGCGAGAGAGGAGGUCAGCAAGGGGCAUGUCGGGUUCGUGGGCGAGGGCGGUUGCAAGGUCUUCGUGGCAUACUCGUUUGAUGCGGGAGAUGAACACAAAGUCGGGAAUGACGGUGGUGGGGAGGUGGUGGCGAAGGGAGCGGUUGUAUUGGACGAAGCGGUCCGUGAGACUGGUCUGGCGGAGGUGACAAAAUUGUUCAAGGUAGUCAUCAAUGGUUUUCUGGGGGUGGAAGGUGGCAGUGAGAAAGUUGGCCCAUUGGAGGAAGGAGUGAUGUGGUCCUCCGGAGGCUCGGCGGUUGCUGACUUCAGCCAUCCACCAUUUGGCGGCAUUGCCGAGAAGGCGGGAGGUGGCAAUGGGGAGCCAGUGGACAAGGGGCAUGUGGUGGAGGUGAAAAGAGUUUUGGAGCUGGGUUAAGAAGAGGAAAACGUCCUCGUGGGGGAGGCCGGAGAAGGACAUGAUGUCG